UUUAUAGACAUCUUAGAAGCCACACAACGGAGAAUCAGUAUUGUUGUGAAACGUGUAAGAAAAAUUUCAGAUAUAACAGUGCCUUUUUAAUCCACAUGAGGACCCACACGGGUGAGAGGCCAUAUGUUUGCAAGACCUGUGGGAAAGGAUUCACGCAGUCAUCAGUUUUGAAUGUUCAUUUGCGAGCCCACACAGGUGAGAAGCCAUACUCCUGUAAAAUGUGUGGGAAGAGUUUCGCAACCAGUAGUGGCCUUUUAAUCCACAUGAGAACCCACACGGGGGAGAAGCCAUAUGUUUGCAAGACCUGUGGGAAAGGAUUCAAGCGGUCAUAUGAUCUGGAUGUUCAUUCACGAACUCACACAGGUGAGAAGCCGUAUUCUUGUAAAACAUGUGAAAAGAGUUUCUCAACCAGCAGUGGCCUUUUGAUCCACCAUAGAACCCACACAGGUGAGAGGCCAUUUUCUUGUAAAACAUGUGGGAGCUGUUUCACACACAGGGGUCACUUGUUGGUCCACAUGAGAAUCCACACAGGGGAGAGGCCAUAUGUUUGUGAAACCUGUGGAAAAGGAUUCAUGCGGUCAUCAGAUUUGAAGAUUCAUUUAAGAACCCACACAGGGGAGAAGUCGUAUUCUUGUGAAACAUGUGGGAACUGUUUCACACACAGGGGUCACUUGUUGGUCCACCUGAGAUCCCACACAGGUGAGAGGCCAUAUGUAUGCAAGACGUGUGGAACAGGAUUUAGGCAGUCAUCAGAUUUGAAUGCUCACUUAAUAGGCCACACAGUCCACACUGCUGCAGCACCUGUGGGAAAAGAUGCUACACCACAACACACUUGCAAAAACACAUAAGAGUUCAUUUGGGUUAAACGUCAUCUUCUAACAAAAUGUCAGAUGUACUAUGUUUGUACUAUGUAAUGUUUAGAUGUACUUUCUACUACCUAAGGCAGUAAGCAAAUUAGCGCCUCAGUAACCCCCAACCCCAAGAGGUUGUGUGCCUGUUUUCCACAGACUCAAAGAGAAAGUGGAGAGGUCUCUGAUCCGGUAAGAAGACCUGCUUUACAUAACACUAAGCUUGGACACCUUUUUUCACCCAAAGGAGGGGACUAUGUAAAAACCACUGAGAGACUUCACAUAUCAAUGGCAAACAAACGUUCCUGGACAUAUCACCCUUUGACUUGCUAAAGAAAUGGGCCAUCAGGACUCCACUACACACCUAUUAUCAAAGCACCAUCUCCCCCUCACUCCAGACUCCUCUCUGUGCAUAGCUGAGACCAGCAAUGGACUCAUGCAGACAUUCCAAACUUUAUAAUAUAAAUCUAUAAUUUAUACUUUAAACACAUUAUUAUCAGUUUAUAAAAUAGUCAGAAUUGGUUGUAUAUGACUGAGAGGUUUACUUGAAUGUAUAUGUAUGCUAUGAUUCAGCUGUUUUUCUACUACAGAUUAUUAGACAUGAUUUGCUUUUUGUUGUGUUUUCUUUUUGCAGUGUUAUACCUCAGUUCUUUUACUGGACAGAUCUGA